GUUGCACUGAUCCUUGCCCCGAUGUCGCUCCAAUGUUGCCCCUGAGAGCGACCACCACACCUCAACACCCACGCUCAAGCUCAAGCUCAUCCUGUUCUCUUGUUAUACUUCUUUCGUCGUCGUCUUCUUGAACGCUCCAUACCUUGCUCACUCUCCUUCUCCCUCCUCCGCCAUGAAUGCAAUCAACACAGACAUCUUUGUGGGAGGUCUCGAAGCAUACAUCUCAGAGGAGAGUCUACACCGCUGCGCAGCACGCUACGGCUCAGUCAAUCGCAUCAGACUUCUUGCUCGUGGAUGCGCUCUCAUUACAUUCGACACAGUCGACGGCCGCGACAGUGCGCUUCGUGGCAUGAUGGGGGCUGUUCUUUCUGGCAAGCGCAUUCGAGUAUCGCCAUCCAGGCAACCACGCUUGCCACCCUUCGGACCUCGAUACUCCGAAACCAGAAGCACAAGAACAGGUACUGUUGACCAUACAAGAGACCAAGAUCGAUUUGCAAACACGUAUCUCCAUGACCAUACUCCUGACAAUCCUGUACGUGCUCGAGCUGCAUCUACUAAGGGUACUGUAGCGCUCUACAUGUCACAAGAAAAGCUAACAUUGGGAGACGAAGGGAGCAGCCCAGACAUAAACGGUCUAACGCCACCCGCAUCAGCAGCAGGUAACAUCUCGCAGCAGUACAUGGAUGACGGCAUUUUACCGGUCACGCGGGAGCAGCUGGCACUCCUCUCGCUCGGAGACUUGGACGACUUGGCAGAACUGGUUGCUCUUGAGGUGCGAAACAGGCACAAUGCAAUGUUAUCAGGUCAAGACAAUGGCAACGGCAAGCGAAGACGAAUGUUGAUGGAUGGCUGAAUCCGCAUGACAUACAUGAUACUUUAGGUCGUUUGUUGUUGCUUGCGAUGCGCAUAAAACUCUUUCAACAAAGCAGC